CUCCAUCUCAAAAAAACAAAACAAAACAAAACAAAAAACAAGUAACCUUUAUUGAGCACUGACUUUCUGUCAAGCACUGUGCUAAGUGCUUUAAAUGAAUUAACUCAUUCAAUCCAUACAAAACCUUAGGAAGGAGGUACUAUUGUCAUUCUCAUUUCAUAGAUGAGGAAUUGAGGAACAGAGAAGUUAAAUAACUUGCCCAAGUCACAUAGCUACCAAGUGGCGAGUCAGAUUCACACCUAGGGAGGUGACUCCAGAGCCUGCGCUCCCAGCCAUGAAUCCUGUAACUGAUAGUUUCCCUGUUGGUGUUGGUGUCUGGAAGUGGCUUGCCAAAUUUGCCAGACUUCUCUCCAAGGGACAGGGUUGCAUAGUGUUUACCUUCCUUCCCUACCCUUCAUUUCCUGCCUGCCAGUGGGGCACAGCUGGACUCUCAGCCCAGUGCUUUGGGAGGAGAAAAUGUGUGCCAGCUCUCUAAACACAGGUGUUAAUUGCUGAAAUUCAUCAGUAAUCACAGCACCUGUUCAGAAAGCCCCUAGCAUGCCCAUCUCUGGCAGUUACCUAUUAGAAACUUAGCAUCCACAACAUUAUCUCAGCCUUGCUUGGAUCCUUUUAUAUUUUCAGCAUAGUUAAGUGCUCUCUUGGGCUACUCAGUAAUUCAGAAAACAUUCCAAAUUUCACUAUUUCUGCUCUAAUUCGGCCCUUUUCUUCCUCCUUAAAAAUUGGUUAUACUGGAGCUUCAAUUUUGAGUCCAGGUUUAACUUUUGACUCUGUCAUGUUCAAAUUGAGAGGCUUUAGAUUAAUUGCUUUCCACUGUAAUCUUCAGUUUCCUAAUCUGUGAGUUUAUCUUGGGGUUUAUUAAGAUCAAAUGAGAUAAAAAUGUGACAGCACCUUGUAAUCUGCGGUUAGGGAUUAUGCUAGAUUUUAUCUUAUGCUCCAUAACUAAAUAGUGUAAUCUUUUAGAAAUCUCUACUACAGUGGAGGAUACACCAGUUCUUCAGUGAUUUGCACUGCUCACCUCUGGACCUUCCCCUAUGUGGUUAUGCCAUUUAUGCAUUGAUUUACUCAGCUUGUUUGACAGAAUUUACUGAGCUCCGAUGUGGAUCAGCCACUAUGGUAGGGGCUGGGGAAACAACAUGCAUGGAACCGUGUCCUGUCUUUGGAGAGCCCGCCACUGAGUAGGAUAGGAGAGACAAUUAGAGAAAGAGGGGUCACGUGCAGCCAGAAGCGAGCCUGUGGAAUUAGGUGCUCAGAAGAGGGGCACUGACCUAGCCUGGUGAGGGGUGGUCUGGAAGCUGUUCAGAGUGGGUGAGAUCUGAGCUGACUCCUGAAGCAGGACACGGUGGGGGGGUGUGCUGAGUAGAUGAGGACAGGAGAGUCCUCUGGUGGGGUCAGGAUGGUGAAGGUGUGGGGAAGGUGGGAAGGUGUGGUUUGGGAGCAGGAGGAAGUGAGGUUGGCAAAGCAGUCAGGUCUUUGGCAAUCAGAAGCUGGGGAGUGACAGAUUUGGGUUUGGAGAAUAUCAUUUGGGAGUUGCAUGGAGAAUGGGCAGGAGGGAACGAGACUGGAGGCGGGGAGACAUUGGGGUGCAGCUUUCUGCAUUGAGUUGGUUUCAGUUUGCCUUGUCCUUUUCCGCUCUGGGAGUGGAGGUCAAGAGGCCCAGCCCCCUGCAGCUGAUGGAACUGUGUCACCAGGCUCUUGCUCCACGGCUGAGGAGCCCCAUGCUGUUCAGGUUCACAUCCCAGAAGGUAUUCAGCCGGAGCCUCAGACAGAGUUCUGCCCUGGCCCGGCCGCCAGCCGCCAGGAGGAGGAGGGAGGUCUUGGGUUUAGAUGAGGUGCAAAACUGGCUCCCGGGAAGGAGGGCUGAGCAUUGAGAAACCCAGAAAGCUGCCUCACAGAUGCAGACAUGACAGUGGCUUUGUGGUCUCGAAAACCUGGAGUAGACAGCCCCUGUCUUGUCAUUGUUUUCUUGUUAGUCCAGGGCCGCUUCCAGCUUGGAGAUACACAGCUCCGAGCCCACCAGAGACACCUCAAAACAGAACUUUUCUGCCCUCUGGUGUUAAAAGAAGGAAGAGAUUUUGCUGGGAAGAGAUUUGGGCAUGUGAGUGUGGCACACCUCCUGUUGGAUCACGGGGCUGAUGUCAAUGCCCAGAACCGGCUGGGGGCCAGUGUGCUCACUGUGGCUUCUCGGGGCGGCCACCUGGGUGUGGUGAAGCUGCUCCUGGAAGCCGGUGCCUUUGUGGACCAUCACCACCCUUCGGGCGAGCAACUGGGGUUGGGCGGCAGCAGGGAUGAGCCCUUGGACAUCACGGCCCUGAUGGCUGCCAUCCAGCACGGGCACGAGGCCGUAGUGCGUCUACUGAUGGAGUGGGGUGCGGACCCCAACCGCGCAGCCCGGACCGUGGGCUGGAGCCCGCUGAUGCUGGCCGCACUCACUGGGCGGCUUGGAGUGGUCCAGCAGCUGGUGGAGAAGGGCGCUAACCCUGACCACCUCAGCGUGCUGGAGAAGACCGCCUUCGAGGUUGCACUGGACUGCAAGCACAGGGACCUUGUAGACUACCUGGACCCGCUGACCACCGUCAGGCCCAAAACAGAUGAGGAGAAAAGGCGACCUGAUAUUUUCCAUGCAUUGAAAAUGGGAAACUUCCAGCUGGUCAAAGAGAUUGCCGAUGAAGACCCCAGCCACGUGAACUUGGUCAAUGGGGACGGGGCGACGCCACUGAUGUUAGCAGCUGUUACGGGGCAGCUGGCUCUGGUGCAGCUACUGGUGGAGAGGCACGCGGAUGUUGACAAGCAGGACAGCGUGCAUGGCUGGACGGCCCUCAUGCAGGCAACCUACCAUGGGAAUAAGGAAAUUGUUAAAUAUCUGCUAAACCAAGGGGCCGAUGUCACUCUUCGUGCAAAAAAUGGAUACACAGCCUUUGACCUGGUGAUGCUGCUGAAUGAUCCUGACACGGAACUUGUUCGACUGCUGGCAUCUGUCUGCAUGCAGGUGAAUAAAGACAAAGGCCGGCCGAGCCACCAGCCGCCCCUGCCCCACUCGAAGGUCCGACAGCCCUGGAGCAUCCCAGUGCUGCCCGAUGACAAGGGUGGGCUGAAGUCCUGGUGGAACCGAAUGUCCAAUCGGUUCCGAAAGCUCAAACCGACGCAGACGCUGCCCCGUGGGCUGUCCAGCAACCAGCCUUUGCCUUUCUCUGAUGAGCCUGAGCCAGCUCUGGACUCCACAAUGAGGGCUGCCCCCCGGGACAAGACAAGCCGCUCUGCACUCCCUGAUGUAGCCCCUGUGACCAAAGACAAUGGUCCUGGGAGCACAAGAGGAGAAAAGGAAGACACGUUAUUGACAACCAUGCUUCGAAACGGAGCUCCCCUCACCAGACUCCCGAGUGACAAGCUGAAAGCAGUCAUCCCCCCAUUCCUACCCCCUUCCAGUUUUGAGCUGUGGAGCUCUGAUCGGUCCCGGACACGUCACAAUGGGAAGGCAGACCCCAUGAAGACUGUGCUGCCCCAGAGAGCCAGCAGGGGCCACCCCGUGGGCGGCGGGGGCACAGACACUACACCAAUCAGGCCUGUUAAAUUUCCAAGCCUCUCCAGAAGCCCAGCCUCUCCUGCCAAUUCUGGAAACUUCAACCACUCGCCUCAUUCAUCGGGCGGCUCCAGUGGGGUAGGUGUGAGCCGGCACGGUGGGGAGCUGCUUAACCGCUCAGGUGGCAGCAUAGACAAUGUCUUGUCCCAAAUCGCUGCCCAGAGGAAAAAAGCAGCCGGAUUAUCGGAGCAGAAACCCAGCCAUCGGUCAGGCCCUGUGGGGCCAGCACCGGGGUCCAGCCCGUCUGAGCUUCCAGCCUCCCCUGCAGGUGGCAGCGCUCCCGUUGGCAAGCAGAAAUUGGAGACCAGCAAAAGGCCUCCGUCUGGAACUUCCACUACCUCCAAGAGCACCUCUCCAACCCUCACGCCCUCCCCCUCACCCAAAGGGCACACUGCGGAGUCCUCAGUGUCUUCCUCGUCAUCCCAUCGGCAGUCCAAGAGCAGCGGGGGCUCCAGCAGUGGCACCAUCACAGAUGAGGAUGAACUGACCGGAAUCCUUAAGAAAUUAUCACUUGAGAAAUAUCAGCCCAUUUUUGAGGAACAAGAGGUGGACAUGGAAGCGUUCCUCACGCUGACUGACGGUGACUUGAAGGAGCUGGGAAUUAAGACAGAUGGGUCCAGGCAGCAGAUUCUGGCAGCAAUUUCUGAACUCAAUGCAGGCAAGGGACGCGAGAGACAAAUUUUACAGGAAACCAUUCACAACUUUCACUCUUCCUUUGAGAGCAGUGCCAGCAACACCAGGGCCCCUGGCAACAGCCCCUCCAUGGCUGGGUGGGUGAGGCCAGAAGAAACUGCCUCCGGCAAGAGGUAGCAGCCGCUGAGGUGGCUCUGCUGGCAUCGGAGCCCACAGAAGUGAGGAGUGGCCGAUGGACCUGCCCUCCAAAUGUGCCUGACUCUGGGUCUUGCUGUCAUUGGAUUUCCCGGUAUGGUAGACAGAAAGAUAGUUUGACCAAGUCGUAGAAGCUGAUCCAGCGGGUAAAAAGGGGGCAGGGAACCCGUCUCUUUUGUUCUUGCCUCGGAGCUGCCUGAAGACAUGGGCCAGGCCAGAGGCUGGACAACUUUGGACAGAUAUGCUGACCUGUGCUUCCAAGUAAAUGCCUCCUGAAGAGCCCGGGACCCUUCCUGGGAGAAUUCUGCAGCCAGAAUGAAGGUGCCGUCAGCAGGAGGCACUGUGAAGCACCAUCCUGUCGCUGUCCUUGUCCAUUCCUAGCAAGUUAAUUGUGUCUUGUUAACCAGCAGUUCCCGUUCAAUGUGUAAAGAGACCUGAUGUUUUCCCUAAUAAAGCCGAUACCAGAUUUUGCAGGA